UUUGAAUUGAAUCACUAUGAAGAGGGUACAGAUGUGUAUGUUUCUUUUAUCUUUGAUGUCUUUCUCCUUCAUUUAUCAUUAUGGGAGAUUUCAACAUAAAAUUCACUCUGUACUUUUAAGAAUAACGAGUGAUUACUACAAAGAUAUACAUUCUGGAUGUAAGAGUCAAACCGAAGCUGAUGAAAUUCUAAAAGAAAUUGAUCAGAUUUAUAAGUUCCUCAUACCUCCUGAUUUUCCACAUCGUGUACAUUUGUUUAACAAGAGUACUAAUGCAAAAAACAGCAAAUAUUACAUUGUGAAUCCCUCUGGAGUUUAUAGAACCGGAGAUAUCUUGCAUGUAUAUGUAGAAACGUAUGACUACCUCGGCCAGAAAAGGACAGUUGGAGGAGACUUUUUUCGAGUCAGAAUUUUUAAUAAUGAUCUGAAUGCUGGUGCUACAGGAACGGUAACAGAUUUUAAGAAUGGAAGUUACUUAAUGACAUUCCCACUUUACUGGGAAGGAAAGAUAUUCAUUUCAAUAAAACUUGUUCACUCUUGUGAAGGUGUUUCCAUUCUGUCCAAACUGAGAGAAAAAUACUCUCAUAAAAUUGAUUACUUAGGAUUUUUUUUUGACAAAAAUUUUAAUGAAAUGGCUGUGUGCCACUAUAACUUAUCCUCGUCUGGUCCAUUAUGUGAGUUUUUUGAUAGAAACUCUGGAGUGGAAUGGAUGUGUGAGAAACCCCGAACAUUGGGCUGUGAGAAUUUCAGAUAUUUGGAAACUCGAUAUCAUAAAAGCUAUUCACUUAAUAGUGAAGAAGAAAAGCUCCUGGACAGAGGAAUCAUUGGAACCGAACUUACACCUGAAGGCCCAUCUUCAAUAAUGGUGCAGAAAGGAAAUCCUAAUAUUAGGGAUUCAAAAUGUCAACGUGAGCCUCUAAGAAGUCUGAACACAUCAGGAUUUGUUCUGAAUCGAACUUGGGUAUCAUCCAUUUGCCAAGGCAAAAUAUUCACUGUUCCUGACAGAGCCACACAGUGUAUGAAAGGAAAGAAGAUUUUUUUAAUUGGUGAUUCUACAAUUCGUCGGUGGUUUGAAUAUUUUGUGAAGUAUAUGCCAACUCUGAAGACAGUAAAUGUUGGCCGACACCUGUGGUACUCGAAGCACCUGGCUGUUGAUCUUACCAAUGACAUUUUCCUCCAAUGGACAUCCCACGGCCUUCCCUGGCAGUCAUCAGGUCCAAUAAUGCCUUUCGAUAUUCCAUCAGCCGCUGGACAGAUCAAUAAUAUCUAUGGAGGACAGGAGUUUGUUAUUGUCAUCUGUAUUGGAGCCCAUUUCACCCCAUAUCCACUGAGACUUUACCUGGCCAACCUGAUUACUAUCAGGAAUGCUCUUAGGAAGUUGCUGGGUAGGAACCCUGAAACUACAGUCGUGCUGAAAACAACCAACAACAGAGAGCCUGAUGAAAAUGUAGCAUUCCACAGUGACUGGUUAGCAUAUGAAAUCAACCGGGCCUUCAUGGCAGUAUUCAGUGGGAUGAAUGUUGGCCUUGUUGAUGCUUGGGAUAUUACAGUAGCAUAUAAUUCAUGGUUCAUGCACCCUGAAGAGUUAGUUGUACGGAAUGAAGUAGAUCUCUUCUUAUCAUUUGUUUGCCCACAUAUGUAGCUGAAAUUAUAGAAAAGUUUGACAAUUAAAUAUAUGAAUAAAAUGAAUCAUCAAACUUGUA